AUGCCAGCGCUAAAAGAAUUCAAUACAACUAGUCUGAAGAAGAAACUGCGACACGAAAGAGGCUCUCUAAUGAAAAAUGAAAUCGAUCUGUAUGAGUUCGAUUUUCCGGAUCUUAUGAAAGAACAUGAAGUGAUAAUCGAAAAUAACAAAGAAACAAUUACACAAAAUCCGGAAGUUCUUGGCAGCUUAUCACUAGCUUAUUCAACUACGUACAAUUACAUUUGCGAUUGCAAGUCUAUCAUUCCCAUGGAAGCACGUGUUGACUGCGACGCACGUGUUAACAGCGAUGCACGUGUUGUCGUGAAGAACCUAGAAUCACCCUAUUAA